GGCAGGGACCCUGCUGCUGCAGUUCCCAGGCCUCUGGCUCCAACCACCAGCAAUGCUUCAUGUGGCUUCUGGCACUAGGGGCAGCAGCCAGGACCUUCUCACAGCUGGCCCCUCGCCUCCAGGAAGUACAAAAGACAUCCUUCUGAUACAUGAGGAAGAUUCGGAGGAAUGGGCUCUGUACUUGCAAGAAAUAUUUAUACAUAUUGUGGAAAGAGAAGCCAUCCUGGUAUAUCCCUUGUGGAAUUUCUCUUCUUCACAUUUGGAUUUGCUAGACUUAAAUGCUUACAAAUGUAAGCUUCUGAUAUUAUCUAAUCGUCUACUUAAAGACCUAACUCCAAAGAAGUGUCGGUUUCUAGCGGAGAUCCUUCGCUCGCCAGCAAGUGUAGUGACCCUGCUUUGUGGGAUGGAGAGCUCGGAUCCUCUCUUUCAGGUAUUAAGUGUCCCCGGAAGCAGGUGGGAGAUCUCAACAGAGCAGGAGCCCGAGGACUACAUCUCUGUCGUCAGUCAGAUCUUAGACAGAGGUUCUGAAGACUACCUUGAGGUCAGCAUUCCAAAAGACCAAAGAACAAAAUAUUCUGAGCAAAGUAGACAAAAGGGAGCUGAAGACCAAGAAGCUUCCAGAGUGUCUGUACCUCUGGCCCUGGUGCUCCCUGGGGAAAUUCCAUGUGAGAAUCCUGGUGAGAUAUUCAUUCUGUUGAAAGAUGAGAUAAUUGGUGAAAUUCUGGAAGUUGAAUUUAUAUCGAACAGCAAGUGCCUCAGAGCACGGCCAGCACACUGGAGUAGGAGCGUCUGGUGCAUGAAAGCUGCAGAUUUUCCAGCUGGUUCAGUCACUGUCAAGAUCCACUGUGAUGGAAUCAUCAAGGCUACAGCAGAGAUUAAAUACUACUCAGCAGCCAAUGCCACAGAAAAUCCUUUUAGAAUGUCAGACCCGGGCAAGAGUAUAUGCCAGAAAAGCAUGGAAGAGCUUGAUGGUGUGCUUGCAUCUAUAUUCAAGCAUGAGAUACCACACUAUGAAUUCAAACCUCUCCAAACUGAAACUUCCCCUCCAAAAGAAUAUACUCAUGCCAGAGACCUACCAACACUUCUCCACUGUGCAGCCAAGUUUGGCUUAAAGAAUCUGGCUCUUCAUCUGCUUCAGUGUUCAGGGGCAACCUGGGCAGCCAGGAUGAAGAACAUGGAUGGUUCAGACGUGCUGCAUCUUGCUGAAAGGUAUGGUCGUGAAGAACUCAAGAAAAUCUUGGAAGACUUUAUGAUCCAAAACAUUAACAGAAAUAAUGAGCAAGAAAAUGACUAUGAAGAGGAUGUGGCCUCGUUUUCAACACAGUCUUCCUCUACGCUGUCCCCAGCAUUUCAUCACGAACUCGGCAAGACACAUAGACAGAGCACGGAUGGAUCUGAGGAGCCUGAAAGGGCUGGGGACACAAAGGAGGAAGAACCAAGCACCGAGGCAAGACCCAGCCUGCCAGAGGUCGAUAGUGUAAGCUCUGAGAACCAGUAUGACGAUUUGUAUGUGUUCAUCCCUGGAAUUGACUCCGACAGCAACUCCCAAGAGCCUCUUCCGUACUGCAGACCGCCUCUGCCCCCACCCCGACCGGGGACUGCUGCCUCGCAACUGGAAAGACCUCAUUUCACCUCACAAGGAAAAAUGGUAGAAAACCAAAUGGAGAGAAGUCAGAACUGGUGUGACCUCAGUGUAAGAAAAGAGGCAAGAGAAGAGCCCAGCAGAGAAGAAAAGAAAGAGGAUGAAGCACAGAACGAAGAGGAGGAGGAAAACCCAUAUACAUUUGCUGAGACGGAUGACAAUGAGUAUGAUCUGAUACUGGCCAGCAAGAGUGUAAAGAAAAGAACUGGAAACCGGUCUUUCAUUGUAAACAGGCCUCCUGCUCCUACCCCGCGGCCCACUCACGUCCCUUUCAAAGAAGAAACAACACCUUACAUAGCUCAAGUGUUCCAACAAAAGGCAGCCAGAAGACAAUCUGAUGAUGAUAAGUUCUACAGUCUCCCCAAGAAGCCAGACAAGGCUCGGAUGGACGGUCCAACCUUCUCGGGUACAAAGGGCUAUCUGACCACUGGGCAGGAGGAACUGAUCCUUGGGCAGGAGGAACUGAUACUCCUGCAGGAGAAAGUCAAGAAUGGGAAAAUGUCUGUGGAUGAAGCUCUAGAGAAAUUUAAACGUUGGCAGAUGGGAAAGAGUGGUCUGGAAAUCAUGCAACAGGAAAAGCUACGCCAACUACGAGACAACAUUAUAGGGAAAAGGCCAGAAGAUGAAAAUGCCUGUGAUAAACUCACCAUUGUGCACCAUCCAAGUGGUAAUACUGCCCACAAUGAAAAUAUAUUGUACAGUAGUCCCUUCAACAAUAAGUUUCCUGCUCGACUCCAAGUUGAAAAGGAAUUUGGAUUCUCCUGCAAGAAAGAUCAUUAAAGAAGAUUAUUAUCUUUAAACUCAAGAACUGGCAAACAUUCUGAUAUCUGGAUGAAGCACGGCUGCCGGUGGAGUACCUGAUCUCUAUGAUCUACAUGUAGAAGAACAUCAAGUUUGCCUUUGGAUUCCAGACUAUGUUAUCAUCACAAUUUAUUAGGACUUAAUGGAGACCGA